AUGGGAUCAGAGCACUUUCUAUGGGCGAUUGUGUCAUUUCGCGAGUAUCACAGAUCCGCGAAAGAUUUUUACUUCGAGCAAAACACUCAACGAGAGGCUGGUAAGGAGCCGCGAGGAACACGUUUAGAGGAUUUGUAUCGUGCACAAUCCUAUUAUGGAUCAGCAUUUCAUCCAGAUACAGGCGAAUUACAGAACAUAGCUGGACGAAUGUGUGCAAACGUUUAUGGUGGUACGAUUCUUUGUGGUGCAAUGAUGAUUUGGUACAAAUCAACGCCUGCAGUUGUGUUCUGGCAAUGGGCAAAUCAAUCGUUCAACGCACUUGUCAACUACACCAAUCGAAACGCAAAAAGUGCUAUGAGCAAUAAAGAUCUUUUUGUGGCCUAUACAUCGGGUGUAGGUGGAGCACUUGGCGUAGCACUAGGCUUAAAGUACUAUUUUGCGAGGAAGGCUUAUUCAAUAACAGUGCAACGUUUGGUACCGUUUGUUGCUGUUGCAGUUGCGAAUGCAAUCAAUAUUCCUUUGGUGCGACAAAAUGAGUUGAAAAACGGACUUCUGCUGACUGAUGAGCAAAACAAUGAAGUGGGACGUUCGAAGUUGGCUGCUUAUAAAGCAAUCUCAUUGGUUGUUAUCUCUCGUAAUGUUAUUGUGGCACCAAGCAUGAUGCUCACACCAUCAAUAGUGGAUUUGUUAUGUUGGAAAUUCAAGUGGUUCGCGCGUAAUCUUCGACUCUUCAAUAUUCCAACUCAACUUGCACUCACUUUUGCACUGUACGUAUUUAUAAUAUGA